AUGGAAUCGCAAAAAGAUUUUAGAAACGAAGCUUAAAUAAAUAGAUAAAAUAUAACUGUCCCUCUAGUAAUAAAUAAAAGUGAGCAAGAUUUUUAUGUAAUAAAAAUAUAAAAUGAAUUUAUCUAUACAGAGAUGAAGUGCAGAUAAGCUAGCUUACAUGCAAUGAUUUUAUGUACUAAAAACGAAGAAAAAAAGAAAGCACGCUUGUGGAUUUUUAUAAACUAAGAAUAAAUAUAAAAAAAAAAUAUUAAUAUUUCGCAUUUGAGAUAAUAAAAAAUGGCGGCAUCUGAAAACAACCAGCAAAUUCAACUUUCUGAUCACAAAGCAGCUCCAUCAAGUCCACCAGAAUUAGCAACCAUGACAAAUGUUGUUAAUGUUCUUGAUUUACAUAAAAAUGAUUUUUCUAAUGAAACGAAGAUUUAUGAUAAAAAUACAAAUACCGUUUAUGUCUACAGCAACGCUCCACCGUCGUCAUCAAAGAUUGAUGAAGCAAUAGUAAUGUCAGUUCCCUCACCUGAAUCAGCAGUAAUGCAUCAUGUACAUCAUCAACAAUCUCUUACAUCGGAAAAUCAACAAAUGCAUCAUCAUGUGGUAAUUAAUCAACAUCCAUCGGACUUAUCAAUUGAUAAUUCACUUAAAGAUGAACAUUUUGAGUUGAUGCAAGAAUCGAAUGGUGUUAUGCUACAACGUAUUGUGAACGAUCAUCUUACUGAUGGAAGGUUGGUGCAUCAUACAAUUUGUGAUGUUCGUAAUAGUCCAAAUAUAAACGGAAGUGAGCAUCAAGUUUUUUCAAAAAUAAACGCUGGUGAUGAAUCAUUAUUUAGACUUAUUGAGAGUAAUCAUCUUGUUUCAAAACUUGUUGGUGAAAAUCAACAAAUUGUCAGUAGAGAUGUUAUCAAUGGCGAGCAUCAUAUCAUUACACGUAAUGAAAAUGGUGAACAUAUUCUAACACGCAUUGUUAAUACUGCUGUAGACCAACAUGGUAAAAUGAUAAAUGGUGAAGUUUUCAAUACUCUAGUAAACACAAACAUCAACUCAUCAAAGAACACCGAUGAAACAAAAAGUACAACUCAAAUAAUAUAUACAUCUAAUGACGGGGGUGUAAUAAAGACUUCACAACCUUAUGAUCAUACCAAUAAUGUAGAUUCUCAAAAACAUAUAGACUUAAUAUAUGAAGAUGAAAAUAAAACAGUCAUUUAUACAUCAUCUUCAUCGAAUAAUGCUGAAACAUCAAAUCCCGACUCUCCAAGUGAAUCAAAAAGUCUUGAGUUAUUUUCAGCUAAUGGAGAAUGUGUUAACGGUGGACAAGUUAUUGUACAAGGAAACCUUCAAUACACUCCACAAAUUCAACCCGAUGGAACUACAGUUUAUGUUGUAUCAGAAAUAGUUGGUAGCGAAAUGAAUGCACAAAGUACAAAAGUAAAUGGUCACGCCCCACUUGAUGUUCCAGGUCUCUCACAAAACGAAAUCCAAGGGCUAUUACUCGGUUCACACCAAUCACAACAAGCUAUUAAUGUCAAACGUGAACCAGAAGAUCUUCGUAUUGACCCGAAGUGUCCGCGAAGUCAGAAAGUUCUAGUUGUACAAUCUCCGGCACCUACAUCUUUGCAAAUAAAGGAACAACCUCCAAGUCCUGGAAGUCCCGUAGAAAUGUACUCUGGAGGAACACAAAUUUAUCUGCAGGGUGCCCAUCAAACAACUUCAGGAACAACACUUGGAGUCAAUAACACACCGAGUCCAAAUCAUUAUGAAUCAACUCAAUAUUACACUACAACCAGAAUGCCUGCGACGAGUGGAAAUAAUACAACGUUUAUAACAGAGCCAUAUGCAUAUAGAGAAUAUUUUGAUGCGCAAGGAUAUGUGCCUUCACGUAGUGCAGCCAUCUAUACUGAUACGGAAACACCCACAACCACUAUUGGAUAUGAAGGACGAUAUACGACUACACACCCGAAAGCGGUAUCUAUGUACGCAAAGUCAAUUACAUCCGCUACAGGUUUAACAGUUGAUCUUCCAAGCCCAGACUCUGGAAUUGGUGCUGAAUCAAUUACACCAAGAGAUCAAAAUAAUAUUCAACAGUCAUUUGAUUACACAGAGCUCUGUCAGCCCAUAGAUAAUGGUGCAAUUCCAGUAUCAGUGACUGGGAUUCAAAGGACAGUUGUGAAUGUGCAUGGUGGUCAAAACAGUCCCACGACAUCUAUUAGUAGUAAUCCAGCAUCAACACGAUCAUCAAGACCAUGGCACGAUUUUGGAAGACAGAAUGAUGCCGACAAAAUUCAAAUACCAAAAAUAUUUUCAAAUGUAGGAUUUAAAUAUCAUCUAGAAUCGCCAAUAAGCUCAUCGCAACGUCGUGAAGAUGAUAGAAUAACAUAUAUUAAUAAAGGACAGUUUUAUGGCAUUACGCUAGAAUACAUACCUGAUUCUGAUAAGCCUUUGAAAAAUCAAACAGUUAAGAGUGUUAUAAUGCUGAUGUUUCGAGAAGAAAAGAGUCCCGAGGAUGAAAUUAAAGCUUGGCAGUUUUGGCAUGCAAGACAACAUUCUGUUAAACAGCGGAUUCUAGAUGCUGAUACAAAAAAUUCUGUAGGAUUAGUUGGUUUGAUUGAAGAAAUUUCUCAUAAUGCAAUUGCCGUUUAUUGGAAUCCACUUGAAAGUUCUGCUAAAAUAAAUGUUGCGAUCCAAUGUUUGAGCACAGACUUCAGUAGUCAAAAAGGAGUAAAGGGACUUCCAUUGCAUAUACAAGUCGAUACAUUUGAAGAUCCAAGAGAUACGAGUGUAUGUCAUCGUGGAUACUGUCAAAUAAAAGUUUUUUGUGAUAAGGGUGCUGAAAGAAAGACUCGAGAUGAAGAAAGACGGGCUGCUAAAAGAAAAAUGACUGCAACUGGACGUAAAAAGCUUGAUGAAUUAUAUCAUCCAGUAGCGGAUAGAUCAGAAUUCUAUUCGAUGAGUGAUAUUGCGAAACCGCCAGUUUUAUUUUCACCUGCCGAAGACAUUGAAAAAUUAUCAUCAAUGGAGUUACAGGGAUUUUACGGUCAUGAUGCUGAUUCAUUAACAGGACCUGAUGGAAUCAAACCAUCGCCUUUCUUACUUCAUUCUGCAAACAAACCCACAACUCCAACACUAAAGUUUCACAACCAUUUUCCACCAGAUGUAGCUACUGAAAAGAAGGAGCAUAUUAUGUUGGAUGGUACUAUUUUAAGUGAAUACGGAGUACCAAUAAAGAGACAGCGUGUUACGCCACCACUAAGUGAACGAGUGAUGUUAUACGUAAGACAAGAUAAUGAAGAUGUUUAUACUCCCUUGCAUGUUAUUCCACCCACAGCAAAUGGUCUAAUUAGUGCGAUUGAAAAUAAAUAUAAAAUUUCGCCAUCAAGCAUUAAUAAUAUUUAUCGAAAAAAUAAGAAAGGAAUUACAGCGAAAAUUGACGAUGAUAUGAUUUCGUAUUAUUGUAAUGAGGAUUUGUUUCUUCUAGAAGUACGACAGAUUGAGGAAGAUCUUUUUGACAUUACAUUUACGGAGCUUCCAAAUCACUAGAUAUCAAUAACCGACUCGAGUGUGUUUUUGAGAUUAUUAAUUUUUAAAAAUGUUUCGUUGUUUUAUAUUUGUUAGUAAGAGAUGGAUCAAUUUAAGAAAAGUGAAGACUCUCUUAAAAUUCUUAAUUAUUGAAAUUACAACUGAAAUUUUUGUUUAUUUUCAGAAAGAAAUGUUUUUUUUAAAAAAAAUCUUAGUAUGAGUUAAUUUGUUUUCAAUAAUUCGAUUAAAUCAGAAUAAUUGGUUUAAAAAAU